GUGUGUUUAUCUCUAAGACUCACAUGAGGUUGUAGUGGCUGGGCGGCAGGAUGAGCAGCCGGGUGUGUAAGAACUGUGGCUGUACGGAUAUAGACGUAGAUGCGGCUCGCGGGGAUGCGGUGUGUACGGGCUGCGGCUCGGUGCUGGAGGAUAAUAUCAUCGUUUCCGAGGUGCAGUUCGUGGAGGGCGCAGGCGGCGUUUCCUCAGCAGUUGGACAGUUCGUCUCGUCUGAAUGUUCUGGUAAAACUCCAUCACUGGGAACAGGAUUUCACACCAAUGUGGGAAAGGAGUCUCGUGCACAAACACUACAGAAUGGGAAGCGUCAGAUUCACAACUUGGGAGUCCAGUUACAGCUAAACAAGCAUUGCCUGGACACUGCCUUCAACUUCUUUAAAAUGGCUGUCAGCAAACAUCUGACCCGUGGUCGGAAGAUGACCCAUGUCAUAGCUGCCUGCUUGUACUUGGUCUGUAGGACAGAAGGGACGCCCCAUAUGUUACUUGAUCUCAGUGACCUUCUUCAGGUGAAUGUGUAUGUCCUUGGCAAAACCUUUCUUCUCUUAGCCAGAGAACUCUGCAUCAAUGCUCCUGCUAUAGACCCAUGCUUAUACAUUCCUCGCUUUGCGCACUUGCUGGAGUUUGGUGAUAAAAACCAUGAGGUGUCAAUGACUGCACUGAGAUUGGUCCAAAGGAUGAAAAGAGAUUGGAUGCACACUGGACGCCGGCCAUCUGGACUUUGCGGAGCUGCACUGCUUGUUGCAUCCAGAAUGCAUGACUUUCGACGGACCAUUAAAGAGGUCAUCAGGGUGGUAAAGGUGUGCGAGUCCACACUGAGGAAAAGAUUAACAGAAUUUGAAGAUACUCCAACAAGUCAACUGACAGUUGAUGAAUUUAUGAAGGUUGAUUUGGAACAAGAGUGUGAUCCUCCUUCCUUCACUGCUGGACAGAGAAAGGUUAAGAGACAACAGCUUGAACAAGAGUUGUCAAAAAAACUUGAUGAAGUAGAAGGGGAAAUAACAAGUUAUCAAGAUGAAAUAGAGAAUGAGCUGGAGAAUAGCAGGCCAAAGCUGAAAGGAAUGUAUGCUUCAUAUUCUAAAGAUGAUGCAGAAGACAACACUUCUAGCAUACUUGGAGAAGAAGAUGAUGAUGAAGAUCUGGAGGCAGCCGCUAAUCACUUAAACAAGGAUUUUUACAGUGAACUUGCUGAUACAUCUAAACGUGUUUAUGAACACACAGUGAAGCCACUUCCUAUAGAAUCUCUACUAGGUCCUCUCCCUACUGCAGCAAGCUUGGGCAUUACAGACUCCAUCAAGGAAUGUAUAGCAAUGCAUGAACAAGAGAAAAGUGACAAUGCAGGAGAUGGUGAACUUGACCUUAAUGGGAUUGAUGACAAUGAAAUAGAUAGGUAUAUUCUAAAUGAGAAGGAAGCGGAAAUAAAGACAGUGCUGUGGAUGAAAGAGAACGCGGACUACCUCCGAGAACAGAAGGAAAAGGAAGAGCGUAUUGCUAAAGAGAAGGAGCUUGGGAUUUACAAAGAACAAAGGCCUAGGAAACCUUCCAAGCGGAGGGCUCCAAUCCAAGCCAGCACUGCUGGGGAGGCAAUUGAAAAGAUGUUGGAGCAGAAGAAAAUCUCCAGCAAAAUUAACUAUGAUGUUCUCCGGGACCUCAACAGUAAAGGGAGCAGUACUCCAAAGCAAGAUAAGAACGAUAUGGAGGACGGUAUCAAUAGCAACCAACUCUCCCGCAGGAAAUCUGCUGCCAGUAGAAGUCUGUCCAAUCCUGUCAGCAAUGCUGCCAAAAGGAUAAAACCACUGGUUUCCUCGCAGCCAUCUAAGAAAGUAGCUUUGGAGCAGGAAGUGAUAAAUGAACCGGAGUCGACACCUCCAACAGUAGUAGUGGAGAGUGGGCCUGUUGCAUACAAUCAUGAGGAAGAUGCAGAAGAAGAGGAGGAGGAAGAGGAAGAACAUUGCGUAAGCGCACUUCAGUUAAUGGGGGGAAAUGAUUACGGCUGUGAAAUAGAGGAGGAUGAAUACUAAACGUCAUGACACACAUGCAAAAUAUUGGUCCUUGCUUGCAAGUAGAUUUGUAUAUAUGGACUUGUACUUCCAUGCUGUUCUGUGAUCAGCAUCAUUUCAAAGAGGACAGCUUGAGUUUUGUACUAAUUUAAAAAAAAAUUUAACGUCUCUGUUCGGGUCAUUUCACGUUGACCUUAAACCCUUACACAUUUACUUGGUUUGUAGUACUUGAAUUUUUGUUUUCAAUUUUGUGAUAAUGUUAUAGUAUAUUGGUUCUUGCUUAGAUGUAAAAUACAAUUCAAAUGUCCUAUGUAAAUCAGGGAGCUGUUCCAAAAAAACAACUGACCCCACCCACUUGUCUGUAUAGAUGUAUAGCUGAAUUGCUUUAAUAUAUGUAUAUAAAUCUAUAGAUGUUAAGGUCGUAUCACAUCGCCAUCCUUCCACUGAGACAUUCACAGGCAAAGAAGCCCUGUGGCAAUUCAGUUAUGACAAGGAUCAGAAGAUACGUUUUUGCAUGACAGCUGGCGGCUGCUUCUCUCUGAACCGAGGCUUUAUUAUCAGGCUAAAGCAGUGCCUUUGAGGUGCAGACAGACUGUACCAUUUGUAAGACAUUGUAUUUACAAAGUUCUUCUUCUAUGAAACUAGUAGGGAAAGGACUUGCAGCACCGCCUUCUACUGUGGAGAUCAACAGAAAAAAAUUAAUCAUUUUAAUAAUAUAUACAUUUUCUGUUUUGAUGCUUUGCCAGCUUCUCUAUUCUGAAUAGCAUGCAAAGGUAAUGAGUGCAGUAUCUUGAUCUAGAUUGCUGUCUUUCCUUAACAAUAUAUAUCCGGUAAUUAGAUUCCACUGCCUUUUUACCAUUCUGCAUGUGUCAGUUAGACAUGCAUUUACACCAUUCAUUAAUUGGCCUGUGUGUAUUAUGCAGCAUUUCUUUGUGUUUGUAAUAUGUCCGUUAGAAAGAGCUGCCUUUGAAAGAGCUCCAGCGAUUUUAUCCACCCUAGGGCUCACAGAGCAGCAACUGUAUAACUAUGUAUAGGAAAGUAAUGUGAGCGCAAAACAAUAAGUAUAUUUUUACACAAUAAAUAUGGUCAUUAAAAAGUAAGGCUGUGGAAACUCCCCUAACCAAUACAUUAACACUGAGGUCCAUCUUAAAAAGGAAGAAUGCACUGGAUUACUUUCAAGUGUAUUUUGACUAACUGCAGCCAUUUACUGGAUAACCCCACAUCAUGUUCUGGGAGAGGCCCUAAUUGUAGGUAGAACAAGUUAUUUAGUCCAACUAUGGACUUCUAGACUUGGGUAGAAAGGUGAAGGUCACCUGUAAAGUAUUGCACCUAUGAUAUGUAUAUGUUAGAUUAAAAAUGUAUUUCUUUUAUGGUAAAGGUACACAAACAUGCAGUAGGGUAUGCCAACAAAAGCUGUCGUGGGUUACUUUCAGAUGGUGCUGGUAAAUAAAAACUGGAGACUUGCAGGUUAGGAUAGAAGUAAUGGGCUCCACAUAGACAUUUUGCUCAAGGCUCCACAACCACUGACUACAGCCCUGAUUCUCAAAAUCAUGAAGACCUCGUGCUUGAUACAGUUAUGGGGAGAGUAUGAAAGUUUUUUUUGUUUUUGGGAGCCCAGUCUCUCGAAAGUGUUUUUCUUUUGUGCUGACUUAUUAGAAAUUCUCUUUUCUUAAAAACCAAAUAUGAUUAAUAUAUUGUCACAAAAACUCCCUAUUCAAAAUGA